AUGACUAAUUAAUAUAAAAUUUCUAAAUAUCAACUACAACGAAUUCGAAAGCAAGCCUAAGAGGAUGCUGAAAUAUGUGAUCUUUAUAAUGCCUUAUAUCCCAAAAAGGAUGCUCAAGAACCAAGCAAUCAGUCUCUCCAUAAGCCAUAUUUGAGAUUGACAUAAUAAAUUGACUUUGAAAAAAUACGACCUCUAAACAUUCUCCAAGAGGCUUUGAAGUUAUUCAAAAAGCAAUAUAAAUCCGGUGAAAUUGACUACCAAUAUUUUAAUGAUUAAUUGCGAUCAAUUAGAUAGGAUAUCAAUGUUUAAAAUAUUGAAAAUGAAUUCACCAUAAAAACAUAUGAGGCCAAUGCUUUAGCGAGUAUUGAUAGUCUGGAUUUAUACACCUUUGAAUAAUGCUAAAUGAAAUUACUAGAGUUGUAUUUAAUGCCAAUUAAGGCCAAAAGGAAGUCAGAAUUCUUAUGCUACAUCAUUUUAUAUCAUGCACUCAAAGACAAUAAGGAUUAACUAAUUAAUAUUUUCAAUACCUAAUCAAUUGAUACUGAAAAUGAUCUCAUUUACUUUGCUUUGAACAUGUGCUCGUAUUUGUCUACCAAAAACUAUUACAAAGUUUUCAGAUGCUUCUAUUAUGCUAGUAAUAAGAUGUCCAAAAUGAUUCAACCCUUUUUGCCUCAAUUAAGAAAGCGAUUCAUCAAAGAAUAAAAGAAAGGAUUAAUUGGAGAAGGAUCGACUCAAUAUUUAGCUGACAUUGCCUGGGAUGGAGACCUUGAGGCCUGUAUGUAAUUUAUUAGUAAAGAAUUAUGA